AUGACGCCAGCCGCUCAAAAUUUUGAACGCCAGUAUCACUUGCAGCUUCAGCGAAGAGUUGCAAUGAGGACUGUAAAGUCAGAAAACGGGUAUCUUGCGGACUUGGACGUCACUUGUAUUACUGCGAGCGACAGGAAUAUGAGAGAUGAGCUUGAACUGCUAGAAGCUCGCGACUUGCUCACGCGACGUCGAAUUACUGACGAAAUGUUUUGCUCACUCACUCAACUUAUCGCUUGGACCAUACACCGAGUGGUGCAGUGGUACAUCGGCGGAAUCACACAACGAUGGUCACUGGCUCGAUCUCAGCGUCGACUCCAAGACGUAAGUGUUUUCUCGUACUCGUCCACCACAUCUGGGACGCCUUCCAUCAAGCUGUUUAGCGGCUCGCAGGUGUCUUCUGCCGAGGAGUGUUGUGGAGAUGCAAAAGUGAUUCGAUCGGGAUUCGGCUCGCUAUGGCUACCUCUAAGCCAACUCUAG